UACUACAGUACCAAGUGUCAGUCAUAGACUCAUAUCUGUUAAAACCUUAUUUUAUUUUUUUUACAAGUGCUCAUUUAAAAAGUAAUCUAAAAUGGAUUCGGGUGGAUUCGGUAAACCACAAAAACCUCCUAAAGUUGCCAAGGUUAAAAACAAAACACCGGCAGAAAUUCAAAUCACUGCUGAGCAGUUGCUUCGGGAAGCUAAGGAACGUGAUCUUGAAAUUGUUCCACCACCCCCUAAACAAAAAAUUUCAGAUCCCGAUGAGUUAGCAGACUACCAGUACAAGAAACGCAAAACCUUUGAAGAUGCUCUGCGGCGUAAUCGUAAUGUUAUUACCAACUGGAUCAAGUAUGCUCAAUGGGAAGAAAGCCAAAAAGAAAUUCAAAGAGCCAGAAGUGUUUUUGAGCGUGCUCUUGAUGUAGACCAUCGUAACAUUACCCUUUGGCUGAAGUAUUCAGAAAUGGAAAUGAAAAAUAAGCAAGUCAAUCAUGCCAGAAACUUGUGGGACCGUGCAGUUACAAUUUUGCCUAGAGCAAAUCAGUUUUGGUAUAAAUAUACCUACAUGGAGGAAAUGCUGGCCAAUAUAGCUGGUUGUCGUCAAGUAUUUGAAAGGUGGAUGGAAUGGCAGCCAGAUGAACAAGCUUGGCAAACAUACAUCAAUUUUGAAUUAAGGUAUAAAGAAUUAGAUCGUGCUCGCUCAAUUUUUGAACGGUUUGUCUAUGUGCACCCGGAAGUAAAAAAUUGGAUCAAGUAUGCCAAGUUUGAAGAAAGGAACGGUUACAUUAUCGGUGCCCGCCAGGUGUAUGAACGGUCGGUGGAUUUUUAUGGUGAUGAUCACAUGGACGAAAGGCUUUUCAUAGCCUUUUCCAAGUUUGAAGAGGGCCAAAAAGAACAUGAACGAGCAACUGCUAUUUACAAAUUUGCUCUCGAACACAUGUCAAAAGAUAAAGCAGCAGAAUUGUACAAAGCCUACACAAUUCACCAGAAAAAAUUUGGAGAGCGUGACGCUAUAGAAGACGUUAUUGUCAGUAAAAGAAAAUUUCAGUAUGAACAAGAAAUUAAAGAAAAUCCAUCAAAUUAUGAUGCAUGGUUUGAUUAUUUACGCCUAAUGGAAAGUGAAGGUGACGCUGACGUUGAAGUAGUGCGAGAUACAUACGAAAGAGCUAUUGCCAACAUCCCGCUAGUAGCUGAGAAGUCCUUUUGGCGUCGUUACAUCUAUCUGUGGAUUAACUAUGCACUUUUCGAAGAACUGGAAGCCGAAGAUUAUGAAAAAACUCGACAGGUCUACGAUUCAUGUCUUAAGCUCAUUCCGCAUCGUAACUUCACAUUCGCCAAAAUGUGGCUCCUUUACGCCCAUUUCGAAGUUCGACAGAAAAAUCUGCAAUUGGCGCGUAAAAUUUUAGGUACUGCGAUUGGUAAAUGUCCAAAGAACAAGUUGUUCCGUGGAUAUAUUGAUUUGGAGAUCCAGCUGAGAGAAUUUGACCGCUGCAGGACAUUGUAUGAAAAGUUCCUCCAAAACGGUCCAGAAAAUUGCACCACUUGGAUGAAAUUCGCCGAACUAGAAACUUUACUGGGAGAUGUGGAUCGUGCUCGCGGCAUUUACGAGCUUGCCAUCAAGCAGCCUCUACUAGAUAUGCCAGAAAUUCUUUGGAAGGCUUACAUCGAUUUUGAAAUCGAACAAGAGGAGAAUGAUAAAGCCCGAUCGUUAUAUGAGAGACUUCUAGAACGCACGCAGCACGUAAAAGUCUGGAUGAGUUUUGCUCAAUUUGAGCUCACUCUAGCAGCAUCUCAGCAGGAGGACCCAAGUUUGCCAGUCGCAGCAGCUAGAGCAGUCUUCCAGCGUGCAAACAAGUCGCUACGUUCUAUAGCUCAGUCAGUCGGUCUUGAAGUGGCUACCAACAAAGAGGAGCGAUUGAUGUUGUUGGAGGCUUGGCAAGAAUUCGAAUAUGAAUAUGGAGAUGAGGGAUCUCGCAAUGCGGUUGUUAACUUGAUGCCUAGACGUGUGAAGAAGAGGAGGCGGAUCCAAACACAAGAUGGGACCGAUGCUGGUUGGGAAGAGUAUUUCGACUACAUUUUCCCCGAGGAUGAAGCUACUAAACCCAAUCUUAAGCUCUUGGCUAUGGCCAAAGCUUGGAAAAUGGCAAAAGAAUCCGCUCCAUCAAACCAGGAAGAGGAACUACCCAAAAGCAAUGCUCCAUUGGCUGACACUGUGUUACCACCAGUGUCCUUGUCCACAGUCCCCGACGAUCGCGAUGAUUCGAGUGAAUCAUCUAGUAGUGAAUCUGAAAAUAAGGAUUAGCUACUACUGGAAUAGAAAAUACACUUUUUAAAAAAUGA